CAUGCAAAAUAGAGCAUGAAAAGCUGUGUGGGUGUUGAAGAAGAAGAAGCACCAGAUAUCGACAUCUAUCAUUGUCCAAAUUGUGAGAAAACCCACGGAAAGUCUACUUUGAAAAAGAAAAGAAAUUGGCAUAAACACGAUACUGGACAGACGACAGAGGUCAAGCCUGUACAGAACGGGAGCCAAGUCUUUAUAAAAGAACUUCGAAGUCGUACUUUUCCAAGUGCUGAAGAUAUAGUUGUGAAAGUGCCAGGCAGCCAGCUAACAACAGAGUAUUUGGAAGAAAAUGGUUUUGUGGAGCCCAUCCUCGUCCCAAAGAAGGAUGGCCUGGGUUUGUCCGUUCCUGCACCCACCUUCUACGUCAGCGAUGUUGAAAACUACGUUGGACCAGAGAGGAGUGUUGAUGUCACUGAUGUCACCAAACAGAAAGACUGCAAGAUGAAGCUGAAGGAAUUUGUGGAUUACUACUACAGCACAAACAGGAAAAGGGUCCUCAAUGUGACCAACCUGGAGUUCUCAGACACAAGGAUGUCCAGUUUUGUAGAGCCUCCAGAUAUAGUUAAGAAGUUGUCCUGGGUGGAAAACUAUUGGCCUGACGAUGCUCUUUUGGCUAAACCAAAAGUUACGAAGUACUGCCUGAUCUGUGUGAAGGACAGCUACACAGAUUUCCACAUAGAUUCGGGAGGAGCUUCUGCAUGGUACCACGUGCUGAAGGGAGAAAAGAUAUUUUAUCUCAUCAAACCAGCCUCUGCAAAUAUUUCUCUUUAUGAACGCUGGCAAUCAGCAGCAAACCACAGUGAGAUGUUUUUUGCAGACCAAGUAGAUAAAUGUUACAAAUGCACCAUUAAACAAGGACAGACACUCUUCAUUCCAUCAGGUUGGAUUUAUGCAACUCUGACACCUGUAGACUGCCUGGCCUUUGCAGGACAUUUUCUACAUAGUCUAAGUGUUGAAAUGCAGAUGAGGGCAUAUGAAGUAGAAAGACGAUUGAAAAUUGUCAGUCUGACCCAGUUUCCAAACUUUGAAACUGCAUGUUGGUAUAUGGGAAAGCAUCUACUAGAGACUUUCAAAGGUUUGCAUAAAGCUGGGCAACAACCUCCUGCUCAUUUACUCCAAGGAGCAAAAAUUCUCAAUGGUGCUUUCAGGUCAUGGACUAAAAAACAGGCUUUAGCGGAGCAUGAAGAUGAACUACCAGAAAACUUCAAACCAGCACAACUUAUCAAGGACCUUGCCAAAGAAAUAAGAUUAAGUGAGAAUGCUUCGAAGGCCAGCAAAGCAGACACGAGUGCCAACACCAAUGCUGAGGAGAUCUGUCCUGUGGAUAAGGAGGAGGCACCAUCACCUGUCCAAGUGACACCUCCACCCCCACCUGUAGAAAAGCUCCCUAAAAAAAAACCUGUGAAAACCCCCAAACAACUCAAGCCAUCCAAACCUCCCAAACCUCCCAAGCCACCCAAACCCCCUAAGCCUCCCAAAACACCGAAAGUUAAGGGAGAAGGAAAAAAGAAGGGAAAGAAGGCAAAAGAGAGUCCACCACCAGCCAUCCCGAAUCUCGACUUGCUGGAGGCACACACGAAGGAGGCUUUGACAAAGAUCGAGACGCCAAAGAAGGGAAAGGCUGCAAAGAACGUUUUAAGUGUUCCAAAUAAGGAAACUGCUAGUAAGCAGAAUGAGGUGGAGAAAUUUGAAGUUCGAGAGCAAAAUAAAAGCAAAACAGAAGCCAAAUGGAAAUAUAAGAACAGUAAACCUGAUUCACUUCUAAAAAUGGAAGAGGAACACAAAUCAGAAAAGACACCUUUACCAGGAAAUAAGGACAACAAAUUUACAUUCUCUUUCUCUAAUAAGAAGUUGCUUGGUUCAAAGGGAGUGAAAACUCAGCUGAAUACUAGUGUGUUUGGGUCACUGCAGAAUUUUAAAGAAGACAAAACAAAACCUGUACGAGAUGAAUAUGAAUAUGUGUCAGAUGAUGGUGAACUAAAAAUUGAUGAGUUUCCAAUCAGAAGAAAGAAAAACACUACAAAAAGAGAACUACCUUUUUUAUCAGAUAAAAAAGACACUCUGCAGCACACUCCUGUUAAGAAGCCAAAGGUGGAGUCGGUAUCAUACAAGAGUGAUGACUCGUCAGAUGAAGAUUUGCUUCACAUUGACACAGAGGCAAAGCCAGGACGCAAUUCCAAAGUAAAGAAAGAAAGUGGAAGUUCAGCAGGAAUUCUUGAUCUUUUGCAGGCAAGCAAGGAAGUUGGGGGUUUAGAGUAUAACACCAACAGUCAGCCACCUGCCUCACCCAGCACGCAAGAAGCAAUCCAGGGCAUGCUGUCAAUGGCAAACCUCCAGUCAUCAGAGUCCUGCCUCCAGACAUCGUGGGGUACCAAUCAGGCGAAGAAUAACUCCAUCUCCACACAAAACUCUAAAAAAGCAGGUGGUGGCAGCAACAAAAAUGCUGGCAAGCGGUUACUAAAGAAAAGCACAAAGAACAGUAUUGACAUCGAAGAUUACGAUGAAGAUCAGGACCACUUAGAUGCCUGUUUUAAAGAUUCAGAUUACGUUUACCCUUCUCUCGAAUCAGAUGAAGAUAAUCCUGUAUUCAAAUCCCGAUCAAAGAAAAGGAAAAGUUCAGAUGAUGCCCCUUACAGUCCAACGGCACGAGUUGGCCCCUCGGUGCCUCGGCAAGACAGACCGGUGCGAGAGGGCACAAGAGUCGCCUCCAUUGAAACUGGACUUGCUGCUGCUGCCGCAAAGUUGUCACAACAGGAGGAACAAAAAGGCAAGAAGAAAAAAAAUACCAAAAAGAAGCUGUCAACCAACAACGUGAACAAACCGGCUCAGGAAGGCAGCUCACCAGAGCCGAAGCUGGAGUCACAUGCCAGCAGCCUCACAGAUCACGAGUACACUGCAGGGGCCAGCACCUUUGGGGUCGCCCAGCCUAACAGGGGAUCGCAGCCGAUGGCACCUGGUGUUUUCCUCACACAGAGGAGACCCUCAUCAUCCUCGCAGAACAAUGCCUCUGCCAAAGGUACCAGGAAACGCCUGGGGUUAUGGUGUAGGACUGGGAAAGGGUGAAUUGGUCACGUAAUCCGUGCCUUUUGCAGGGCCCUCACAUGUUGUGUCUGCCGUGGGUAUGUAGAAGUGCUGUGGCAGGUCAGGUCUGGUCAGGGAGAGGGUCAGUGGCCUUGGCUGUCCUGGCACUGUGGGCCCAAGCAUGCAUUUUGCUGCUGGGCUGUUUGUUGCAGGAUGAGAGGCAUCCCAUGCGAGGAAGUACUCCUGAGCCUGCCUGAGGCUCCUGCGGAACACCUGCAGUGGUCACAUCACAGCCCAGCCUGUCUGGUGAAGCCUUGUCUGGGGGAAGAUGCAUCCAUGAAGGCUAUUCUGCCCAGGGCUAGGUCAGGCACUGCUGUGGUUGGGUGGUGGUUGUACACCAAUACCUGUGCUGACUUGCACAUAAGAACAUCCUACCCAGUGGGUGUAGAGCAGUGCAGAUCUGCAAACGUGUCUUGAGAGUUGUCCCAAGGGAGCAGAGGAAUAUCAGACCUUGGGAGUAACACAGCUGCAGAACCAAAGCCAAGAGAGAGGAAGAGGUCACUUGUCUGCCAUAGGGAAAGCAUUAGAAAGCUGAGGCUGUCCUGGAGUCUGAGCUAGAACCUCCUAUUCUCUAAUUGAACUUUGCUUAGAAAGCAUGACAGAGGCAGGUGUGUGAGGCACUGUGUAGUGUGAAGAUUAAGUGGGAAUUUCUGGAAUUUCUCCCACUGGGAGAGGCUCUGAUUUUAAAAAGCAGGGCAACAUGGCAGUUGUUUCCCGAGUUCCCCUAUAUUUGAGUGAAGCAAAUUAGAGGUAGUGCAUAGUGUCCUGGCAAAGAGUAAAACAUCAGAGCAGCUUGAAUGGGCCAUACAAGAGGACAUGCAUAGCCCAUGGUAGGUGCUAGGGUCCUGCCAGGAGCUGGUCAUACCUGUGCCUGUCUGCAGAACCGGAGUGGAAUAAACGUAUUUGCCUUGGAAUUGCAUCUUUGUGGUGAAAUGGUGGCAUUAGCGAAGUAGGUCCAAGCCAGUGGAAGAUGUGAUGGGAAGAGGAGUCCUGAAUGGAGCUGAACCCCAGUCUGGCUGAUGAGCUGGGUGGCCCAGUCAGGGCAUUGUGAAGGCAGCCUGUGUAGGCAUGUGGAUCACACCUUGCCCAUGGUAUAGCUCAGUCCUCGAAGGAGGGAAGGAGUCAUGUCCCAGGAAAGUGAGUGGCUGACCUCACAGGGAGCAGAGCACUUUCAGGGCCUCCUACAGGGUCUUGGGACAGCUGGGGCACCAAGGGGACUUCAGGGCAUCUCUGCAUGGAGCACAGGAGAGUCCUGAGCCUGGACACUACCAGACUGAGCAUCACUAGGAAUGAAGGAACUUUGAAGGAGAUGGUGGGAUGAAGCAGAAUUAGGGAACUCUAGGACCUCUUCAGGGAAGGUCUCUUAGUCUUAAAGAGUGAGGUGAAGGGACAAGACAUGAGGGAACUUUCCAUGGACAGUGUCACCCUCACUGUUGUGGUCUUUAAGGCUGGGACACAAUGCAGGUGGCAGAAGUGGAGAGGAACGAAGGCUCUGCAGGUGGUGCACACGAGUGCAUCCGUGGCAGCACGAUGGGAAGAGAAGAUGCUGCGUGGCUUUGUGUUCCUGGAAGUCCCGGGGUGCCUUGGUGACCCGGGGGCUUCCUGGUCAUAAUGUGGUAGCUGGUGAGCGGUGGGGCAGCUGCACCAGUCCUGGGGCCAGUACACAGGGAGCAGAGCUCACUGAACCACAUAGCUCAUCAGCAAGGGCUUGGGCUUGUGUAGUAGUGUCCUCUUGUCAGUAUGGGGACAGGGAACGUUGGCCACGUUGGGCAUGUCGUAGUGCUGACUCUGUAGGAAGUGUAUGUGUGUGUGUGUAUGUGUGUGUGUGUGCAUCCUUUUAGUGUCCUGCUGGCAAGGCUGGAGGCAAGCGGUCUCUCUAGUGCUAGGGGAAGAGAGGGCAAGACGAAAUGCGGAGCUGUGUUGGGCUCCGGGCGGUGGGCAGGGGACAGGGCAUCCUUGGGGCAGUGCUGGGCCAGGUCUCACGGUGGCACGUGAGCUCAGCAUCCCUGUGCCGCAGGUCGCCCGUAGAGGAUGGCAGAGGCGCCCGGAGCUCCCGGGAGGGAAGGCGGGCGCUGCAUAGCCAGGUGCCAGGAGCUGCGGGGAGCUGGUGUGUGCGUGCGGGCUCUCGCCGGAGCGGG